UUCAGUCUUUCUCCAGGAUUAGUGUUCUGCCCACAGUAUUGUAACAUACCCUUUUUUUGUGAAAACUCUUAAUAGCUACAGCUAAUUUCUCUCUCUUUCUCUGGCCCCACUGCACACCUUGCUAAACUCUGCUGCCUAGAAAUGAUACCUCCUUCUCCAAAGACUUUUUAUUAUGAGUGAAUAUUUCUGAACUUGCCAGGAAUGCAUUUAGCAAAUGAAUUCUGGGGUUUUUUAUGUAUUCAGUAUAUACUGAAUAUCUUGUUGUUGGUGAAUUCAAAGUAGCACCUAUGGAGCUUUUAUUUGUUUUGUGCUUUUCUAUUACCAUUUUCUUCCUCAGAAACCAGAGGGGUCAAUCUGCAGAUGUAGCUGAAGAGGAAGAACAUUCAAUACCAUACGUGGUUGGUCUCAUCAAACACAAACAUUUAUUAUGUGCAGGAACAUUGAUCAAACAGAACUGGGUGUUAACAGCAGCCCAUUGCUUUCCGAGUGAAGAAACAUAUAUUGGUGUUGGAAGACAAGCCAUAACUAAAAAUGAAGGAAGAGAUUUUAUAAACAUUACCAAAAUCUUUUUCUAUCCAGGAUUUAAUCCAAAAACAUUUGAAAAUGAUAUUAUGCUUUUGAAGCUUCAUAUUAUGGCAACAAAGCUUAAAAUGAACGUCAUCCCACUUCCUAAGUCUACCCAUGAUAUCAAAGCAGGAACUUCCUGCAUCGUAAAAGGAUGGGGAACUAUUAGUAAAAGAAGGAGAUUUAAGAAAUUCCGUGCAGUUAACGUCACCAUCAUUGACAGAAAUAUCUGCAAUGAUAAGAAACAUUAUAAUUCUCAUCCUUUUGUGACAAUGAAGAUGGUAUGCGCUGGAGAGAAAAACAGCGAAAAGGAUUUAUGUGUGGGUGAUGACGGUGGGCCUUUGAUAUGCAGAGGGCAGCAAUUAGGUAUUGUUUCCUUUGUUAAAAAAUGUGACAAUCCCCAAUACCCUGGCAUCUAUACUCAGCUCACAGACACCUAUAUCUCCUGGAUAAAGACGAUCAUAGAUGAAAAUUCACACUGACUGAACAAUAUUUGAAGACGUUUUUCUGUUAGCUUGUGACUACUUAUUUAUCAAUUUUCCCAUCUCGGUUCCUGCAUUAUAGCUUCCCUUAUACAUAUGGAGAAGAGAGUGAUGGUAACACAUUCAAUGCUAGGUAUACCAGCUACAGACUCUGUACUGUAAAUGUUUGUGGUUGGUCCUGAAGCUCAGCCUCUCCAGACCAGUUUUAAUUUUCAGUCCAUUGGUACUAAAGUAGG